GUCGCAAUCCUUCAUGCUUGUUGUGUCCAACUAUAGGCGGUGCAUUGAAGUGCACAGACACGAAUCAAUGGGCGCACGUUGUGUGUGCGUUAUGGAUUCCAGAGUGCCGGUUUGGAGACUUCGAAAAACGAGAGCCUAUAAUCCGUAUCAAUGAAAUAAAGGAGGAGAGGUGGAGUGCGAAGUUGGAACUUGAUCCGUUACUCGUAGCUGACGUCUUUGCCUAUUGGGUGAAAAAGCGCCUGCAUCUGAACAAUGGGAAACCACUCAUUGAAAACUUGCAAGAUGAAAUCAAGGUUGUCGAACCGGAACCACCACAGCUGGAGUUACCUGUAUAUACUGAGUAUAAUUCUCAUGUUUCUUCGCCGUCUACAGCAGUUAAAAGAAAACGUGGUCGUCCGAGGAAAAAUCCAG